CAACCUAUUAGAAUUUAUUUAAAUUAUGAUGUUGUUGGUCUCUCACCAGAUAGAGACUGUCAAAAUGUUGGGGAAAUAGUUAAGCUUGGUGAGCCCCUUCUGAAUCCUGAUCGCGGUGUUCCAUCUUGCAAUCCUCAUGUUGAUCCUCCAAUUUUGGGUGACUGCUGGUAUAACUGCACUUUGGAUGAUAUAUCUGGGGCUGACAAAAGACAUCGCCUUCGAAAGGCUCUAGGGCAGACAGCAGACUGGUUCAGAAGAGCAUUAGCUGUUGAGCCUGUGAAAGGGAACUUGCGGUUGAGUGGAUAUUCUGCAUGUGGACAAGAUGGGGUUGCUGACGCAGACUUAGUUCUUCUGGUAACUGCAAGACCUACAACAGGAAACACCCUAGCAUGGGCUGUGGCGUGUGAGCGUGAUCAAUGGGGUCGUGCGACGGCGGUGGUGGUCGAUUCGGGGUUUGACUCUUUGUUGCUUCAUAUGAAUCCAUGGUGAGGUCUGGAAAAGCUUGGUCUUCGUUGGCAGCCAUUGUAAAGGCAGAGAAGAGCUCAAUUAUGGAAGAAUGUAUGUGUAGAAAAACAAGCGGACUAGGUUGAGGUCCGGCGGGCGGCCAAGGUGAGGUUGCUGCCCGCCGGUGAAGCGAAAAAUACUAAGUUCUUAACCUAGCUUUGAUACCAUGUUAAAUUUAAUGGAUAUAGAGAAAGAGGGAAAUAGA